AUGACGCUCUCUGAAUUUGAAGAGGCUAUGAAUCUUGGGAAUCCAGCAGAUGCCGCCGCUGACAAUCAGGUGCCUCGCACCAGUAAGAGCAGCCUGCUCCAUCAGCUGCACAAGACGAAGAUGUGCGCCUUCUACGAGCGUGGCGCAUGCAGGUACGGCAGCGAGUGCUCCUGGGCGCACUCGGAGGAGGAGUUGAAGAUCCCGCCCGACCUGCACAGGACCAAGCUCUGCGCGGCCUUCUGCGAGACCGGGUGCUGCGACGACCCCCCGUGCGCGUUUGCGCACGGGGAGGAGGACCUCCGCUCCACGGCCGUGCUCUACUGGCAGAAGCUCUGCCUCUGGAGCGCGAGGGGGUGCUGCCGCAACGGCGACCGGUGCCGCUUCGCGCACGGCCACCGGCAGCUGGCGCAGGCCGGGCAGCGGCAGCGCACGUGCACCGCUGCCGCUCGCCCGCGAGGGGGAUCGCGCCGGGGCCGAGGCGCAGUGCCCCCCCGGACGCUGCCGGUCACGCGGUCGCGCCGCGGAGCGCCGGCGGCGCGCGCCCGGGGGCGGUUCCAGCGCCCCGGGGGGGGGCCGGCGGCUUCCCCGCGGGCCGCGGCGCGGCGCAAGCUGGGGUCGCCAGCGCCGCCGCCCUUCUGCGGGCACAUGACGAGCCCAUGA